UCCGAAUGAAAGCUCCACACUUCGGCUUGGACAGCGACAGCAGGGACUGCUUCUGCCAUCUUUGAAGUGAAGCUAUCAACAAUUUCAACCGUGCACGCAAGGAGGUUCAGACGUCUGAUCAUAGCAAAAUGGGUGAAGAGAAAAAGCAUAUUCAGCAACAAGUAAAGCGAAUGCACGACGAAAUUCAGCAUGCUAGUGAACAGAAAAAGAACCUCAAACACAACGAGCUGUUCAUUCUGGACAAUUCCCUGCGUGAGAGCACGGUCGGUCAGCUGCGAGGACACACCAUCGAGAACAAAUGGAAAAUUUACGAGCAGAUUAAAAAGGUUGGUUUCAAGCACAUCAUUGUGGCCUCUUUUUCCCACAUGACUCGCUUGGGUGACACGUUCAUCAAGCAGCUCCAUGAGAAGGGAGAAGACUUCACCAACCUUUAUGCCUUCUCAGAGUUUCUGGAAUCCAUCGAUAAAGAUAGGGUGCCAGAUACCAAGACCGUUCCAAUUGGUAUGAAAAAAAUGAAAGAGCUGGGCAUAAAGAAUGCGAUCAUCGAGAUGGAUCUGGUUUACAGGGGGAUCGACUACAAGAAGUUCAAAGUUGAAGCUAUCAACGAUCUUCUGCGAGAGAGGCUGAGGUGGAUCCGUAAAAACCUCGCCAAGGAUGCCAAAGUGUUUAUCAACCUGCGUGACCUUCCUGAUGGUAUGGUGAAGAAACCAAAGCGCAUCUUUAAGGUGAUAAGGUUCUUAUCUUCUCUGCCAAAAGAUGAACGACCCUUUGGCCUGGUGACGGAAGAGUCUGGCAAGUACCUCCCAGAACAGCUUGGUGUGUGGAUGAAAGCCAUCCGAAGAGAGAUGGACGCUUGUGGUUUCCAGGACGGACACUUGCUGAUCCAUGUCCACAACCAGUGGGGAUUGCAAGACAGCACUCAGUUGGAAUGUCUCGCCAACGGCGCAAAUGGCAUCUGGGCAAGUCUGAUUAUACAAGGAGCCUCCAUGGGCCACUCCUGUUCCACCGUCAUGCUGCUGAAUCUGAUACGCCUUGGAAACAAGAAGGUUCUUAAGCAGUACAACUGCACAGCCCUCCGAGAAGCUGCGCAAGAAGUCUGCAGGAUCACCACUGGGCAUGAACCUUGGCCCUUGCAGGUUGUGUAUGGCGAGCGAGCUCUGGACAUGGUGUUCGGCAUGCCUAACUUCACACCAGACAAGAAAGAGUUUGACAUGGCCACUUUCUUUGGUGAACGACACGUCAUGCGAAUGACUACCCUUGCAUCGCCAAAGAUGAUUGUCGACAGGCUGACAUUCCUUUUUGGUAAAGAUCGUCAAUUUACUGAAGAGAGAGGCCAACGAAUGCUGGAGGUGAUGUUGGAAGAUCUCCACAAGAACAGGAAGGAAGAGUACAUGAGCGCCGUGGGUAUCGCCUUGCUGUUCGACCGAUCCGGUGGCAGUCUGACCGAGAAGAUGAGUGACGCCAUUGCUGCAGAAGAACCGAAGAGGGUUCACGCUCAGCAGCUGAUUGACGAGAUCCGCGCAAUGUGGGAUGAGUGGGAUCUGCGAGAUGGUAAGAGAGACGACAAGCUGGAGUUUGAUGCUUUCUACAAUGGCUUUUUGGCACCGUACUUUGGAUGCUACAGGUGCGACGAGACCAAGUUGGCCUUGAAAGCCAUCGACAUGGAUGAAGAUGGAUCCGUGGAUUGGAACGAAUUCUGCUUGUACCUGAAAUGGGCCAUCCGUCAGUACCCUGAGACCCCGACCGCUGAAGAGUUGCUGUCCAUUGCUUUCCGUAAAGGCCUCAUCCCAGCCAUGCAAGACGAGGUUCUCAAGCAAGCAUAAGAGACUGUCUAACCGAGUCUUUCUUUCAUAUCUGAGUAACGUUAUGUAGUGGUUGAGCAAACUAUCGGACCGACGGUUUAGCAUUUUUGAGCAAUUUCGUCACUGUCUCUGUUGCCCAGUGACAUUCGAGUGAUUAGGAGUUAAUUAGUGAAUUACGAUAAUCAAGUAUUUUGCAACUGAGGAACGCGUUGUUUCUAAAACCGCGGACCAACUUUUUGAUUGAGAUGAAUAUUUUUGUGAUGUAGUCAUUUUUGUGCCAAAGCACACAAUGUAGUUCCGUGGUGCUAUGUAAUGAUGUAAUGGUGCUAGAAAAUUAAAAUUUUGCGCGGUGAACAGCAAGAAA